UAAUCUCUCUGUUCUCCUUCUUCAAGCCUCUCUCGCCUGUUUCUUUUUUCUCUUUCACUCUUUCACUCUUUCACUUUUUACCCUUUUUCUUCUUCUUUUCUGCCCCUCCCCCCACCCCAGUACCACCACUUUUUUCUGCCUUUCCACGCAGUCAAUUUCUUUUGUAAGCCCGCCCCCACGUUGCCAAGGUACAAAGCAUAGCCAUAGCAACAACAACAACAACAACAACAACAGCAACUGAAUUAAUUGCAUUACUUGCGUUUCUACGUUACUCGGCAGGACGACACAACUACCAUGGCAACCCCCGACGAAAAGAAGACGACCGUAAAGCGAGGCUUCACAAAACGAGCCGGAAGAAAGGUUCGCCAUUUCCUGCAGCGUGCUAGAGGCAAAAAGGACAAUCAUCAUGCCACGGGCACUGCUGGUUCGGGCGACGACGACGACGAGGACGUUGUGGAUGAUGAUGCACACAACAUGAAGAAUACGUCGUCAACCAGCAAUCUGUCACAGUCCAGUCUGACCACAACCGAAACAGACGAGGACGAAUUCCACGACGCUCUCAUGAAGCCCUCUGCUACGAGCAGCACCAAAGAUAGCAAGUUUAGUGACUUUCAAUCGUCGUCCAUCGGCACGAGUACUAGUAGUAGCCACCAGCAUCAUGCGCGGCCUGAGAAAACGGCUGACAGAUCUAUCAUUGCACCACAUGACGGCUAUCGGUCGCGCAAGACUUCUACCACAUCCAAUUUGGACCAUUAUGACCGACAGCGGGCCUCAUUCGAUCGUACUAGAGCAGCAUCGAUUGAACAACGACAGCGGGCUGUCUCUUCGCCAAAGCCUACGACCCCGCCUUCUGGCGUAUUUGCCAACAAACAAUCAUCCUCCAUUGUCGUUGUACCCGCUGCCGCUCCAGGCCCGUCUCCACCCAUAUCGCCCACAUCCCCCUCCUCCGUCCCACUCAGUGCCAGCGAUUAUAGUUUGACGACAAGGAGUGUUGAGGAGCUGUCAGUGGCUUCUUUUUCUUUGCGACGCGAAGAUCAUAAGGAGGCGCCUCCACCGUUGGUGGUGGUACCAUCAACAUCAUCAUCUCCACCGCCGUCGUCACGAGACAGUAGGGAGGUGGCCCAAGAGCGAAACAAUAGUAACAACAAAGAGCGUAGCAAGGAGAAAGAAGCAGAAACCAACAAGGAGGAGCAAAAACAACAACAACAACAACAGCACAAGAGACAAGAAGAAGAUAAAGAAGAGAACAUUCUCAUAGUAGACGAAAACUCCUAUGUGCUUCCUACAAAAGCUUCUUCGAACGCCAUCGUUGUUGCUGCUGCUGCUGCUGCCUCCUCUUCGUCUUCUGCCUCCUGUACCAACAAUGUCGAUGAGGAGGUUGUCGGCGAACAAGAAGUGUCAAAGCGCGUGGCGUAUUUUGACAAGAAGCAUCGCGGAAAGAUUACCAUGCUGGAUACAUUUACAUCACUCCGUGAACUUGGAUACCAUUGGAUGUUUGCUAUUCCUGCCACGCUGAUCAUGCAUCUUCGUCUGUCGCCCUUGACGACAUUACCGCACCAUCCUCGCUCCGUACGGGACUGGUUCAGCCUGCCCAUCUACACGGAGCGAGUCGCCCAGGCAUUGGCACACUACCACAACAACACAUUGUUGAUCCAGCGUCGUGAGCAAGUAAGCAAGUGGGUCGAUCUGUAUGGUCGCAGCAAGAACUCGAUGCGCGGCUUGACUUUCUGGGACGGGUUCCGUGCUCUUCGUGGGGCAGAGAAAACUACCCUGCGAUGGUGGCAACUACGGCUAUGGCUGGCACAUCGGCUGCAAUGGAUCUUGACUUAUUCGAUCCUACACGACCCUCAAACCCGGAUGGUAACGCAGCCGGCCUUGGAGUAUCUGUGUCCAACAUGUCCUCCAUAAGCAUACAUUUCAUUAUUAUUACUACUACUACUACUACUACUACCACUACUAUUACCAUCGUCAACCACCCAUUCUACGUUUGUCAUCAGACCGCAAACAAUGACCCUGCUCCGCCCACCACACUCUUACGUACAAAGUAGAUAGUACUACCCACCAUCAUUAUUUGCUACUUGCUGCCAAUACCUGCUACCACCACCACUAUCCUCGAGAUAAACAAUAAACAUUAUCUGCUUUAAAGUUCCCUGUGUUUUUUCUUUUUU